ACCGCUUGAAACUCCACCCUCGAGUCACCGUCACUCGUAAUCUCAAGAGUCGGCCGAGAACCGUUCACUUUUCUUUAAAUAGUUGACACCAUAAUAAAAACGAGUUGUACUAGAAUACAUCCGUUUCGAAAGCCGCGGCAUUGUCAAGACUACAAGAAAAGAACAACCCGGGUCUCAGAAUAACAACAAUUGAAACGAUUCACAUUCCUCCAAGAACCACAUCAAUAUGCAUUCACAAGACGAACUUUCCGCUCUCUUUUCCCGGAACUUGUCCCUAGAGCCUGUUCAGCAACUCGCACAAGUCCAGGUCCUGAAUCAAGAACCGAAGAUUGUCUACAUCUCGGCACACUACAACCACUCAGCCCAUGUUCGUACCCAGGACACCCCACCAGCACAGCCUGCACCCAGAAGGACUUCAGAGCCGCCUGCACUAUCUGAAGUUGAAGCUGUCCUCACAAAGCACCAUGUGAACACAGCGUGCUUGUCCCGUGCCCAGCUCCAGCUUUUCAAGUCAGUGGACGAUCCGCAGCGCUACAGGCUGAUUGACCUUUGGCGCAACUGUCCUCCUACAAACCGUAACGAUAAUCCUACACUAGAUUGGAGUAUGACAAGCGUGAACCAGGAAGAGAUCCUGGCCAAGAACCGAUGGGAGCAACAGCAACAGCAGCAGGCGGCUGAACAAGAAGUGACCAUGAGCCUCGAUGGAACUCCCCUAACUCCGAUUCAGGCAGGCGACGGUCGUUGGAUCGCGGCGGACUCACAUCAUGAAAUGGAGCCCUACAUGGCUUCAGGUUAUGAGGAAAUGGCUCGCCGUGAGUAUGAAGACUCCGCUCGUCGAGCAUUUGCUGAAUCCGUGGAACGCACCAAGGAUGCCUGCCGCCCCCUCGCCAUUGCCACCGGUGGCCCGACGUUUAACCCUGCGCAUUCCGAUCCUGUUUAUGCUAACGCGGGGGUUGACUGGAGGCAACAAGUUGCCAUGGCAAACCAGUACGGACUAUUUAUGGCGUACAGGGAUGAUCAGGAGAUGCUUUGAGCUAGGUGUUAUGUAUAUUCGGGAGCAAUGGAGGAGGCCAUUUGGCAUAGCUGACUACGAUAUAUCGCUGUGUGCGUUGGUCUGAGGAAAGUAGAGGUCAUGAGUUUACUCGUGGUCUUUUACUUCUAUCCAAACAAACAACUUUUUGUUUCAAGUAUCACU